AUGGCAGACAACAAACCCGCCUCUCCGGUAUCACCCUUCAAACCCUCCGAUGGUCCCCCAGAAUCACCCACGACCGCACGUCCACUUGAUUUCGAUAGCGACCAGGAAGGAGGCACAUCCACGCCGACAGGCGCCAAAUCGGAGAAUGCUCCAAACCCACCACCGAAAGACGAAGCCCCGCCAACCAAACCCCCGCGACCGAUGGGUGCCAGAGAACAAGCCGAGCUGACUUUGCGAGAGGCGUUCCCUGGAGUCGAGGCUGGAGUGGUGAGAGCUGUCCUUACUGCCAGUGGUGGCCAGGUUGAGCCUGCAUUCAAUGCCCUUCUCGGCAUGACAGAUCCGGAGUCGCAGCGCGAAGCAGAUCCGCCAGCGAUGCCCCCUCGGCCCCCUCGUGGAGCCCCCGCUCCGCAAGGCCAGAUGAGCCAGAUGGAGGCCGAUGAGAUGUAUGCUCGGCAGUUGCAAGAGCAUUAUGGCAACUCUGAAUCACGGCGUCCGGGCGUACACAAUGAACACCUUCAAGGAUCAAGACAGGGCCGGCCAGGCUCUAACCCAAAUCCCGACGACGUGCCAUGGAGAAGUUUCAUCGAUGAUGAUCUGCCCGAAAUUCGUGACAAUAUUCGACAAGGAUUCCUGGAGACCCAGAAGACUGUCAACAGCUGGCUUACAACCUUCAAGAAGAGGAUAGACGGCGAAGAUGACGACCAGGAUUUUGACAGACAGCCAGCUCGACCUGGGCAAACAUACGGACAGCCACAAGGUGGCCGUCGGAGUGGCGAGACCCGACGAAGUGCUGAUAUGCAGAGAUACGAUGCUGAUCCUCAGUUGAUCGGAGACGACUUCUCUAAGCUCGAGCUCCGUGACGGCGACCCUCCCCCACGUACCUCUAGUCGACCCCUGGCCAAUCCAAAUCUCUUCAAGUCUGAUGGUCAGGCACGUAAGUCACCGACAGGCAGCGGCCGCAAAGUAUCUUUCCAGGACGGUCCGCCUGAGGAGAUUGGUGACAUGUAUGCUGGCAACGACAAGCCCACCACCACGAGUGCGCAGGCGCCAUCUUCUGGGAAGUCUAGCAAAUGGCAGCCCUUGUCCCAAGUUGAACCAUCACCUGUCGACAACGAUCCUUUCAGCCUUGGUGACAGUGAUGAUGACAAAGAUGCCAAACCGAUCACCCUCAAAGAUGAUGAGGAGGACGAACGGGUCAAGAAAGCGACGGGCGAGGCAAUGAAGGAUAGCUUGGCGAGUGAGACCAAGAAGGAGACUGCCUGA